UUCAGAAUUAGCUUCUGAAGAAGCUAAAAUGAAACAAACGUAAGCAGCUAAUAGCGUUCUGCAACGACAAAAUCAUUUUCAAACAAAUAAAUAAAUUCGAACCGUAGCAACGUAAAUAUCACUGUUUUCUUUGACAAAAUUAACAUCCUUAACCAGAUUUAUUGAACGUGAGAUUUAUGAAACUACGUGUCAUACUUUUUACAUUUACUUGCAGGUAAAGAAAAUGGAUCACUUCUAUCUUGGGAGACUAUUUUCUUCUGUUGAUGAGUUAAAAGCAGUUAUGCGACAAUAUAAAGAUGAAACAAAAGUAGAACUUGUGAUCCGAGAUUGUAAAUAUUUGCAUAAUAGUACAAAGCGAGAAGCCACAGCUAAUCGUGCUUUGAGUUAUAAAAGCUUAAAAUUAUGCUGUAUUCGUGGUGGUCGGACAUUCGUAUCUCGUGGAAGAGGUUUUAGAAAUAGAGUGAGCUUGAAAGUAGGCUGUAAUGCUUUUGUCUCUUUAAAUUUAUCACAUUGUGGUCAAUAUUUACGAGUGAAGAAAAUAUGUCUUGAUCAUAAUCAUAAAAUUGAACUGAGACCCCCAUCUAAAAUGGAAAAAAGGACAGAACGACGAAGACAGAGGCUUAUAGAACGUAUGAAUGUUUCAUAUGAAGAAGCUGUUAUUUUGGAAAGAAUGAAAGUUUCUGCAAAGCAAGGCUUAGUUGGACCUUUGGAUGAAGAUUCUGUUUUUUGUGAAAAGGCUUCUGAAUCUUCUGAUAAUUUUGAAAGUGAAAGUACUGAUUUUACAUCAAAUUUAAACUUCAAGCAGGAUGUUUGUACUGCAGAUAAAAAUAUUACAAAUAAACAAAGUGACACCAAAGAACAAGAUGAUGAUGAGAGUACCAAAUUUUCAAUAGAUCGGGAUUAUGAUUCAAAUAGUAACAGUGAUCAAGAUAAUGAUAUUACUUUGCAACAAAUGAUAUCUUCUGCUAAGAAAAGAAAAGUCAAUGAAACUGAUAAACAAGAAGAAGAAAAUGAAGAACACUUUAUUUCUGAUGAUGAAGAUUACAGAAGGCCACUAAUCAUUCAUAGUAGUAAGACUCUGCCUAAGAAAGAUGAUGGUGAAGUCCCUAACUAUGCAGAAUUAGAACCAAACAUUUUUACUAGAAAAGGAGAUAAUGGAGUGGCUUCUACUUUCAGUGGAAUGCGAAAAUAUAAAGAUGAUGCAGUUUUUGAAGCUCUUGGAACUAUUGAAGAGUUAUCUAGUUCUAUAGGCUAUGCUAAAGAAUUAUUACCCGUGUUUUGCACAGAUAUAUCCUCACAGCUAAUAGAAGUUCAGUGUGUACUUCAAGAUAUGGUAAUACAUGUUGGUACACCUCAAGGAAGCUGUUCUGAAUUUCAUAGAGUGAAUAGUCAGUUCCCUGAAACUCAUGUCAAACAUCUUGAAGAUUUGAUAACGAAUCAUGAAGCAAGGCUACCUAAGGCAAACGCUAUUCUCCUUCCAUCUGGUGGUCAAAGUAGUUGCGCUUUACAUGUUUCUAGAACUAUCUGCCGUCGUGCUGAGAGAAGGUAAGCAUUUAUCAAUAUUUAUGCUCUGUUUAGAAAUAUUCAUUUUCUUCUUCUUCCUAAUCCCCAAAAUUAGCAGGG